ACAAAGAAGAAGAACAAGAAGCUAUCCUCCAGUGAUGAUGAUAUUAACCGCAACAAGCCCCUGUCCUGUACACUGCUGCACUUAACUGUAGUUUGGAGUCGGUUUGUUUUUUCACCAGCAAAAGUCGCAUUAAAUGGAGACUAGUAGGACCAUGCGUGUUGUCGGCAGGGUCAAAAGAAAGCAAGCCCGAAUUCACAAUGCGGAGGGAGUGAUUUUUUUAAGUUAAAGAUAAUUUAUUAGCUUUGACUUUGGUGGCUUCAUACUAGUAAACGGAGGAGAUAACGUUAGCUAAUGUUUAGCUAACGUUGAGUUAACUCUGUAUGACGGCUGUUGGGUAUCAACUAAUGGCGUUAAACAGCUAGCUAGGUAGCUAACAGCUACGUAAAUUAGUUUGCAUUGACCUAAUGUUAGCAGCGUAACUUCGUAACGUCUUGCUGUAAUAAUUAGCUGAUCUGAGACAUUCCACUGUUUACAGUAAGUUUAGGUGACUUGUGUCCACGGCAUUCAUGUGGUGGUCUGAUGGGGUUUUUAAGGAUCAUGAUGCCGGCAAAGUUCCAGCUUUUGGCUGUUUUGACAUUUGGAGUGGCCAUGCUCUUUAUUGAGAACCAAAUCCAGAAACUGGAAGAGUCAAGAGCCAAACUCGAACGUACAAUUGCCAGACACGAGGUGGCUGAAGUAGAGCAGCGUCACAGUGAGGACGCUGGCCGGGAUUUGUCACCACUGGCAGAAAAAGAUGACAUGGUCAUAAUCUACAACAGAGUGCCGAAGACGGCCAGCACAUCCUUCACUAACGUCGCCUACGACCUGUGUGGGAAGAAUCGCUUCCAUGUCCUACACAUCAACACAACCAAAAACAAUCCUGUCAUGUCUCUACAGGAUCAGGUGCGCUUUGUCAGGAAUGUCAGCUCAUGGAGAGAGAUGAAGCCCGGCUUCUACCACGGCCAUGUAGCUUAUCUGGACUUCUCAAAAUAUGGGGCAAAGGGUAGGCCCAUGUACAUAAAUGUGGUGAGGGACCCCAUAGAGCGCCUAGUGUCUUACUACUACUUCCUGCGCUUUGGAGACGACUACAGACCCGGGCUUCGGCGAAGGAAACAAGGAGACAAAAAGACCUUUGAUGAGUGUGUGUCAUCGGGGGGGUCUGACUGUGCUCCUGAGAAGCUCUGGCUGCAGAUCCCCUUCUUCUGCGGCCACCAUUCAGAGUGCUGGAAUGCAGGCAGCAGAUGGGCCCUGGAGCAGGCCAAAGCCAACCUGGUGAACGAGUACCUGCUGGUGGGAGUGACGGAGGAGCUGGAGGACUUCAUCAUGAUGCUGGAGGCAGCCCUGCCGCGCUUCUUCAGGGGAGCCACAGAGCUCUACAGAACAGGAAAGAAGUCCCAUCUGCGAAAGACCACUGAAAAGAAGCCCCCCACCAAAGAGAUGAUAGCCAAGCUGCAGCAGUCCGACAUCUGGAAAAUCGAAAAUGAGUUUUAUGAGUUUGCACUCGAACAGUUUCAAUUUGUGCGUGCUCAUGCUGUCAGGGAAAAAGAUGGGGAGCUUUAUGUCCUGGCUCAGAGCUUCUUCUAUGAAAAGAUCUACCCCAAAAUGAACUAAACGUGUAGGUAGAAAAGAGAGCCGAGGGGGACGGGGGCUUUCCAGGACUCUGUUAGAAGUCGUUUACACUGGGAGGAAGUUCAUCAAGAGAUGCUGGUGAAGCCUGUUACAGUACAGGAAAUCCCUUUCAGAGUGCACAGUGGAAUUUCUACGACAGAUGGGACUCAUUUUUUUAUGUGGAACAUCUGAAAACCCAAACACAAAAAGCCUUUGAUUAAUGAAGUUUGGGUUUUGGGUGGAUCGUCAACAUAAAAGCAGCAAGCCUCAAGUUUUAAACCAUUUUAAAAAUGUGUUUAUCUGACUGAUUCAAAAAGGAUAUAAGCGCACCAAAGCUGUUUGGCUCCCUGUUGUAUUAUUUUGUGCACAUUCUACAUUUUAGGUGCACAAAAUCUUGUUUACAAGUUGAAAAUAGGGGUGCAACAGAUCA